AUGGACUUUCUCAAAUCGUGCUGGACCAAUCUACAGGCUGUAGAUGGCUACUCCCACAUCGACUACCUUAUCUACCAACAUCAAGACGCGAUCCAAGGCCAAAAGAGCGAGUGGGACGAUCAAGAGCAGCGAGAUGAACUUCUCCUCAGCUUGCGACAAAAGAAGGUCUUGGUGCAGACGGCGGUGCUGCAGAAGAAGGUCUGCGUCUUCGGAGGCUUCAUCACGGCAGAUGAACACAUGAAAGAGCUGGGAUGGCAGGUGCAUCAACGAGGUCGACUCGAGGCGGCCGUCAUGACACGCGCCAACAACGAUGCCAAGAUUGUCAUGCAGAACCAACAGAUCUUCAGCAUGUUCCUCAUCGCCGUCGAGGCUUCGCUGUCAAUGUCUCUUUCUUCGGCAUGUGGCGCAGUUCGCGUCGGUCAUUUGGCGUGGAUCGUGCCGACCGAAGGCGACUACCACCUCUUGUCGCUCCGCGUGCAGAUGACGGCUCAGGGCACCCUCGCUCUUCUGCCACACGCCACCAACACUGGUCUAUCCACAGCUAGCGGAACCGACGGCGCCAACAUCAUACUCGCUCCUUCGGGCACCCUUGCCACUGUCGCACACUCGCUCUCAACCACCUCGAACGACGACGCUCCUCCGUUACAAGCCCGUCGGGAAGCGCGUAUGCGGCUCAGUCGCCGCGCAAAACAUGACAAUUGGAAGGCCUCAGCCGCGACGAAGCUACAAAGGUCGAGUCUGCCGCACGACGACUCUUGGUUGAGAGUCAGCGUACCUUCUUCCACUUCUCAAGACCAGCUUGAAUGUCUUUGGCCUGGCCCGUUAUGUUUGGAAAUCCCUUCGCGACAACAGCCACCUACACUUGGUCGUACGAGCAGCGUAUCCUGGUUCGACUCGAGAGACCCAUACACGAAUCCUUUGAGCACGGCCGAAUCCUGGUUCCUGGGACACGAAGAACGUGCUGAUUUGGAGAGAAAGACGCGACAAGCUGAGAAGGAUAAAGAAGCUGCUACUAACAAUCCGCCAGAGGAGACGAUACCCGAUCAUCUCUCAGUCACGUCGCCUGUAUACUCGCGGAGCUUACAGGACCACAUCAAUGUCAACGGCAUAUAUCCGACCCCUCCAGAUGCUGUGCCACCUAUCAUCUGCUCGGAUCCAUCUAUACCCAACGUCAUAGUUUCUGAUGAUAUCAUCGACCCGUUGCCUGGUUUGCCUGAGGAUAACCACGACCAAGCAAAUGAGCAUCGGAUACAGGACACGAGAAGGAGCAGCAAUGCCUCGGAUGUUGACCUGGAUACUCAACACUAUCGCAAAGGAAGCACUGAUGACUUGUUUGGAGAUGUGGAUGAAGAAAUGUUCGGCAACCCUGACGUUACAGAUGCGGACUUUAACUUCUUUGACGACCCUGGAGCUGACCGUAGUGUGGCCAAUAUAACUGGACCUACCGAGGAGAUGGAGGACGCAGUACCGGAAGUUGAGCCGAAAACCGAACCUGCCCUCGAACAUCCUCUGCCAAUGAGUCUGGAAACGGAAGAGACUGUCCCGCAGGAAUCUGUCAAGACCGCGGAAACACAAGAGCAGGGAAUCAAACUUGAGCAUGUGGCCGAAGCAGUUGCAUCUACUCCACCCCUGAGUCCACUGAAGAUCAAGGAGAGACUUUUGCCGGCUGCGGAAGAACAUAAAGUUCCCAGACUGCGACGAGACAGCACUUUUGUGCCUGUGGUCUUCAGAGGCGAUGUGAACAACUUCGACGCUAAAUAUCGAAAUCUUGGUAAAUUCGACAGCAAGCUCGAAAAGAAGCCUGACAACACCAACCGGUCUAACAGCAUCGCACUCCCGGAGAAGCCACCCAAAACACCCCAAUUCAAGUCCUUGUCUCAGAGACGUGCGAUUGCUGAUGCCAAAUUCACGCCUCAGGUGGAUGAUAUGUCGCAGGAAGACUCUGAGUUCGAAACUAGCCAGGACUCUGAUUCGGACAGCAUGUCGUCUGUUCAGGGGAGUCUGCGAUCACUGGACAUCAGGAAACGGAAGCGAGGAUCUGCAGAGGAAGGUCCGACCCCGAGAUUGCUUGCCGAGUCUGUCAUGGAUAGUGAUGUGGAGAGCGUGAUGUCUGACGCGACUGCCUUGGCAGAUCCUGAACCUGUCAUUGACCAGCUGGUCACGGCAAAAGAGUCUCAGAAUCGUACCACGGAGCUUCAUUACAGAUUUUUGGAUAAUCUUGCGAUAUGGAGGACACCGUCAAAGACUUUGUCGUCAAGUCAGGAUUACAAUAUUUGGCCAGUUCUUGACUUUACCGCUGAUGAUCUUGUCGAUAUCGCGCAGCUUACGGCUGAGCAGAGUACCUUUCUCGGAUCUUCAGGGCUCGAGAAUACCCCACCUCCUACAGUAUCCUCGCCUAUCUACUCAGCAGCUCAAGACGCUCUGAGAAAUGUCUUUGAGAAGGCGCAAGACUGCGAUUUUGCCAAAGUCGGUACAUUUGCUGCCAUUCAUACCGAGCAGGCCAUCGCGGCCGCUGCCAAGAGUCAGCAACGUCCCAUGCCUCGAAGACCUCCUGGCACUACGAACGCCAUCAUCACAAUGCCGAUACCUCCUGUUCACGUUCGUCGAGCAGGGCAAGGAUGGGAACUUCAGCCUACAGCAGUCAACUUCUGGGACGCACUAGGUCUGGAGCCGGCGCAUGGACCAAAAGACGUUGCGGCUUUUGCUCUCUACCCCGAUACUGGUGUUAUGAGCGAGGCUGUCUUUGACUUUAUGCAAGAUAUCCGUUUGGCUUAUGAGAGUCGUAAGCUCGGCAAACACUUCAUUGGUGGUGAGACUGUUGAGCAUGAAGAUGGGCUUAUGCCAUACCGAUCGCAUGGAGAAGCGUCUGUCGUCCACAUACUGCAGGGCAUACAAACAGCUUGCAACACACUUGGUGACUUGUUACAUGACGCCGAGCUUGAAGACACUAUCAUUAUCUACAUGAUCAAUCCAUUCGAGGACGAGGCAAUGAUCAAAUAUCUAUGCGGCUGCUUCCAAGCAAUGCUCAUAGCCUAUUCCUCCGACCGCGAGGAUCCACCACCACUUAUUCUGCAAAUCGUCCCGAUCAGCCGCAUCGCAAGUCCGACCGCAAUGAUUGUCCCAGACUUGACAUAUCUCAACUCGUUGGCAUCUUUCAUCUACGACAGAGUACCCCUGGACACCAACGACCACAAUCAUUCCUGGCCACUGAACCCAUCCCCCAGCAUCCACCUUGCGACACCUCAAAGUCGCAAAGUCAAUUUCACCCUCUCCGACCGCAUACCAAAGACCCUUCUCGAGGAAGCUGGGAUCCUACAUGUUGCCUACGCUGUAAAUGCCGAUCACAGCUGGCUCAGCGCAGCAUGGACAGACAAUACAGGAAACCAGUCCUACAAAGCAGCUUACUGUCUCAGCAACACCGAUGGCCGUUUGAUCCUCACAGAAGUACGGGAUACCACUCUCUCUCUCGCGGGAAACUCACCUCAUCGCAUCUUCGUCGCUCGUGCAGGCAUAAUGCGCGAUUGGGAAAAGAGGAUUUGGCGAGAACGGCCGUCGGAGAAUUGGAGCAUCGCACUACUCGACGUGGACGUGAACCCCGCCCUACAAGUCUGCGCAAACCCAGAAAGCAAUGGAGGAUUGGGAAAUCCCUUCAUGACCCCGGCAGCCACACCCCAAGCCUCGACCUUUACAUCCCCAGAAACCGGCCCUCAGCCCUCUACCCCAGCAGAAGCAACACCUUCAACCCAGCAAGAAAUUCUACAAGCUCCGCAUCCUCCUCCUCCUCCUGAUCCUGAUGCUGAUGCUUUUCUUAUGGAUAUCACGGAUGAGACGUAUACCCUUCUUCUGCCCUUUUCAUGCACGAAGAAUACCAUGCUGCAACGUCCUCUUGCUUGUAGUCUGCUAUUGAAACGUGGCGACGGAGAUGGCGUUGCUAAUUUGCCAGCGCUGGCUGUGGAUCUUAUGGAUGUCAUGCCUCCUCGUAUCCCAGAGGGUCAGGUUUCUUGGCUCACGCAGAGGGCGCCGGAGACGGUCUUGAGGGAGACCAUGUUGGCGUUUCGUGGUCUUGGGUUACUUGGCCGGGUCAGAGGGGUUCCUGGGUGUGACAAGGGGAAUGUGCCGUGGCAUUUGGGGGUGGCGGUUUGUGGUGCCGAUGCUUUGCAGGGGUUUUUGGAGUAG